GCGGUGACGUAGGUCGGGCCGGUGCUCGCCGGGAUAAAGCUCGGGACCGUUGCGGAGCGGCGGCACUGGUUCCCCUGGAGCUCGCUGGACGGUCGGUGUGAGCGGCGAUUUACGACUUUAUUACAAUGGCUGGCGGCAAGGCUGGGAAGGACUCCGGGAAGACCAAGACCAAGGCGAUCUCCCGCUCCCAGCGAGCCGGGCUGCAGUUCCCGGUGGGCAGGAUCCACAGACACCUGAAGUCCAGGACCACCAGCCACGGCCGGGUCGGCGCCACCGCCGCGGUUUACAGCGCCGCCAUCCUGGAGUACCUGACUGCCGAGGUUCUGGAGUUGGCAGGAAAUGCCUCAAAGGAUCUUAAGGUGAAGCGAAUCACCCCCCGCCACUUACAGCUGGCCAUCCGAGGAGACGAGGAGCUGGACUCGCUGAUCAAGGCCACCAUCGCUGGUGGAGGUGUGAUCCCGCACAUCCACAAGUCUCUGAUUGGAAAGAAGGGCCAGCAGAAGACCGUAUAACCCCAAGUGCUUUGGCAGUCAUGUCAUCUCAGGAUGAAGCCUAAAUGAGUGAUUUAAAUGUUAGAUUAAAACACUAGGAAAUAUGGUUGUAAUUGUGUCUACACACCUGGGAUUUUUUUUUUCCUCCCAUUUUAAGUGGCUUCAAAGAAGCUUUUUCUUCUCUCCCUGUGUUGCAGUUUGUUUAAAAAACCUACUUUUGUGGCAUUCCAUGUUAAAGUGUUUUAAUAAAGUUCUUACUGGGAAUUUUA